UCUGGGGAGAUUUCAAGGCGAAUCCAGUAAAGCAAAGUCCCCCAAACAGGCAGUGAAUGGAAAAUGCCACGUUCCUUUUUGGUGAAGAGCAAAAAGGCUCAUACCUAUCAUCAACACCGCUUUGUGGAAGAUGACCUGCCUGUACUCAAGUGCGAUCCAAUAACCUCUCCCUUCACUGCCAUAGGAGAGAAGACACCAGAGGACAUCAAGAAACAGGACCUAGAAUGCGUGGUUCCAAAACAAGAAAAGGAACCAUCUGAACUGAAAGAAGAAAGUGUCCCUGUCCAGUAUGUGAGCAGGAUGCUGCCAGGCCCUUCAGCUCAAGAGAUGACCAUCCCAGGUCUGCAGAUCAAAGACUGCAUUAACACGACAAACACGCCUACCUUCUACAAAACCGGCUUUUCUUGGGAUGGUUUCCAUUUGCCAUACAGCUACCGACAGAUGUCUUCCACCAUGCAGUCAGCCCUCUUGGAGCACCCAGUUAGCCUGUACGGAAGCCACCUCCUGCCGAGCGCUGAGCCCCCUCUGGAUUACAGCAUGCAUUACUCCUCGGACAUGGAGACCUACCACUGUGUGAAGUGCAACAAGGUAUUCUCCACUCCCCAUGGACUGGAGGUCCAUGUCCGAAGGUCUCAUAGUGGGACGCGUCCCUUUGCUUGUGAAGUUUGCGGCAAAACGUUUGGACACGCUGUGAGCCUGGAGCAGCACACCAAUAUUCACUCCCAGGAAAGAAGUUUUGAGUGCAAGAUGUGUGGGAAGACAUUCAAGCGUUCCUCCACCCUCUCCACUCAUCUACUGAUCCAUUCAGACACACGGCCCUAUCCCUGCCAAUACUGUGGCAAGCGCUUCCACCAGAAGUCGGAUAUGAAGAAACACACUUACAUCCACACUGGGGAGAAGCCCCACAAAUGCCAGGUAUGCGGGAAAGCCUUCAGCCAGAGCUCCAACCUCAUCACUCACAGCCGCAAGCACACCGGCUUCAAGCCCUUCAGCUGUGAGCUCUGUGCCAAGGGCUUCCAGCGCAAGGUGGAUCUACGGAGGCACCGAGAGACCCAACACAGUCUCAAGUGAGGGAUGGCUCCAGGUCUUUGCUGGAGUUCCCACUGCCAGUGCACCUCCAGCAUUUCCAUGCAGCGUGCGGCUGCCCACCUCAAAAAGCUCAUAUAGCUUCCUGUGUUCCCCUGGGGACUGGCAAAGUCGUGUCAUUGGCUUUGAUGUUCUGGCACCCCAGGGCCUUGCACAUCCCAGUGGGUGACAAAGAAACACAUGGGACCUCUCACUUUUCAAUUACAAUAGGUACCAGCCCAGAUCUGACAUCACCUGCUCAAGUGCAAAUCCAG